ACGUAUUUGCUUGGGUUGCUCCUGUGAUGGUGACCUUCAUUUUAUUUGUCAUUAACAGUGGAAAAAAUGGUGGAGCGUCUCUAAACUAUGAUAUAUGUGGCACGUGUCUACCCGUAUUUCACUACACCCAUGGAAAUUGUAGUGGAAGUAUACAUGAUUCUGAGAAAGAGACAAACUGGAAUUUUAUAUUUCAAGUUGUAUUUGUUUGUGUUUUAUUUUCUUCAAUGGCAACAGUUGUGGUUGUCUAUAUAUUAGUUCUCAGUACGUUCAGGAAAAUUCAAAAAACUGGAGGUAUAAUAACGAGACUGCAGUAUGAUCAAGAAUACACGGUGAAAAAAUGGACGUGUCUCUACCAGGUGGUGUUCAUUAUAUGCUGGUUACCAAGUSUUGUUCUUUGGUUAUGUUCGUUCUUAUCUGACUUCAAUCUGCUGAAUUUCUAUUACCUUUACAUUGCWCAGGUAAGUCCACAGGAAUCCCAAGCAAGACAUUUGAACUUAUAGUGGUCAAACUACGGGAUUUUUCUUUUUUUAAUAAAAUAC